AUGAGAUGUCUUCAUAUAUAUGCAUGGAUUGGUUGCAACUCCACCAAAUUAGGGGAUCUGUUCGCAGCUGCUCCAACAAGACCUGGCAAUACUGUUAGCGUGAGUUCCCUGACAGGAGGGUCAUGUGAUAAUACAGGAUUUGGUAUUGCCCGUAGAAUAGUUCUUAAGACUGGAAUCAAUGUUGUACUAGCUUCUAAUAUCCCCAAGAACAACCCCAUGCUUGAGGCAGCUGCUGAGAAAAAAUUGGUGCAAAAGCUUAUCAGCCUAGGCUAUGGAAAGCCAGGACCUCGAGGAGCAUCUUCGUAAUAGAUGGCCUUUGUGUAUUGAGCUCAGUUAAAUCAUUGUGAGAUAUUACUCUUAGAAGACGUGCAGAAUACAGGAAAUCAGAAGAAUGAAAGGCCAGCUAUACCAAGGAUACUACAUCCAACGCCACUUCGAGUCAUUUAUCAUCAGCAAUGAAAAGGAAUGAUGUAUGGGAACUUGGCUGUUGCUUUUAAACAGCCUUGCUAUGCUUAUGUUCCUAUUACUGAACACUAGAAUAUUGGCUGUGAUGAAUGGAUUUGCAGGUGCAAUUUUCACGUCCGUGUGAUGAACUUGAUUAAUGGUUAAUUGAUACAUCUAAUUUGUUGACUAA